AUGGUGCUCUUGACGGUGAAGGGCACAACGUUUCCGGACGAGUUUAUUUAUGAAUGCACAACCUCGACUCCUAUUUCCCCUGAAUUGGCCCAACAAAUCUGCCAUAUCCAGAAUGCCCGUCAUCAGGUGAAGCUUCAGUUACUCUCCGCCCGUGAACUUCUUAAUGAGGCCAGUCAAAAACAGAAGGUACAAGUUAUGGAUAAUAACAAUGAUAAUGAUAAUGAUGAUAGUAAGAAUGUACUUUCAGAGUAUGAACGCGUGGUGGAAGAGGUGUCCACACGCUUGAAGGAUAAGACCACACCUGUUACAUUGGACGAGUUUGACCACUACGCGGAGAGGCUGCGGGAACUGACAGAAAAAUUAUUCCCAGCGGAAUGCCGUGCGCCGGAGGGUGGAGAUCGUGCGGCGGCCGUUGAGCAUCUCUACGCCCUGCACGACAACCCCGACAUUGACGAAGACCGCCGUCUCGUCAUUUAUCACUGCCGCGCCAUUCUCGACACCCACUGGAAGCGGCAUGAGAUGCAGCCGGAGGAGAAGGCCGGUUUGUGGUUCUGCGGGAAGUUGAUGGAGGGGGAGAUCGCAAAGUACAGCGGGCGGAAUGAGAAGAGUCGUCUCACUGUGAAGGUGCAUGCACGUGAUGGCCCACCACCAGCGAUGGAGCCACGUAUUAGUUACGAUGAUCAACGGGCUUUAUUUGAGCGAAUGCGGCAGCGGCGUGAGACGUACAAAACACUAGAGGCCUCAGAACUGCGAGAUCGUGUGUUGGCACAAUCACGCGGUAAAGUGUGGUUAGAUGCACCAAAUGCCGCAAGUAGUGUAAAGGUGGAUGCAUCACGUCUGCGGCCAAUUCAUCCUCAGAAAGAGGAACGAGAAAUUGUAUAA